CCAACAUGGCGGCGGCGGCGGCGGCGGCGGGCGCGGGCCCGGAGAUGGUCCGCGGGCAGGUGUUCGACGUGGGGCCGCGCUACACCAACCUCUCGUACAUCGGCGAGGGCGCCUACGGCAUGGUGUGCUCUGCUUAUGAUAAUGUCAACAAAGUUCGAGUGGCUAUCAAGAAAAUCAGUCCUUUUGAGCACCAGACCUACUGCCAGCGAACCCUGAGGGAGAUAAAAAUCUUACUGCGCUUCAGACACGAGAACAUCAUUGGAAUCAAUGACAUUAUUCGAGCCCCAACCAUUGAGCAAAUGAAAGAUGUAUACAUAGUCCAGGACCUCAUGGAAACAGAUCUUUACAAGCUCUUGAAGACACAGCACCUCAGCAACGACCAUAUCUGCUAUUUUCUCUACCAGAUCCUCAGAGGGUUAAAAUACAUCCAUUCAGCCAACGUUCUGCACCGUGACCUCAAGCCUUCCAACCUGCUGCUCAACACCACCUGUGAUCUCAAGAUCUGUGACUUUGGCCUGGCCCGCGUUGCAGAUCCGGACCAUGAUCACACAGGAUUCCUGACAGAGUAUGUAGCCACACGUUGGUACAGGGCUCCAGAAAUUAUGCUGAAUUCCAAGGGCUACACCAAGUCCAUCGACAUCUGGUCUGUAGGCUGCAUCCUGGCGGAGAUGCUCUCCAACAGGCCCAUCUUCCCGGGGAAGCACUACCUGGACCAGCUGAACCACAUUCUGGGUAUUCUUGGAUCCCCUUCUCAAGAAGACCUGAAUUGUAUAAUAAACUUAAAAGCCAGAAACUAUUUGCUUUCUCUUCCACACAAAAACAAGGUGCCGUGGAACAGGCUGUUCCCAAACGCUGACUCCAAAGCUCUGGACUUGCUGGACAAGAUGUUGACUUUCAACCCUCACAAGAGGAUUGAAGUCGAGCAGGCCCUGGCCCACCCCUACCUGGAGCAGUAUUACGACCCGAGUGACGAGCCCAUCGCCGAAGCUCCAUUCAAGUUCGACAUGGAAUUGGAUGACUUGCCUAAGGAAAAGCUCAAAGAACUCAUUUUUGAAGAGACUGCGAGAUUCCAGCCAGGAUACAGAUCUUAAAUUUGUCAGCACGAGGGCUUCAGAGGACUGGACGUGCUGACGUCGGUGUGCUUCUUCCCGGUUCUCGCCCCCAGUCCCGUCUCCAGCCCGUCCCGGCUUAUCCACUUUGACUCCUUUGAGCCGUUCGAAGGGGCGGUUUCUGGUAGUUGUGGCUUUUAUGCUUUCAAAGAAUCCCUCAGUCCGGAGACUUCCUCCCAGCGCCCCUGUGUGUGUCGCCCGGCGGUGCCCUGCAGCAGUGUGCACUUCUGGCGCACCUCCUGCUUCCCGUUGCUUUAGUCACUAACCGCUUUCUGGUGUGAAAGAUGCAGUGGUUCCUCCCUGUGCUGAGCCCCUGCCUGGGCGACACCCGCGGCGCCCUGCAGCCUCAGCAGAGCCAGGUCUCUCCAGGCCGGCACCAGUCACUGGCCUCUCACUUCACGAUAGGGAAGGCUGCUACCUAGGGCACUUUAAGUCAGUGACAGCCCCGACUCUGCACUUCACCUCGGACCAUAACUGUCCCCGGAGCAGGAGCUCAUGGCGCAGCUGGGUGUGGCGUUGGCAGCAGGCGCUCCCUGGGAGUGCUGUCCCAUCGUCCCUCGCGUCACCUCCGUCACUGGCACGCUUUCAGCAGCCCCACUCAUUUCUCUAGGCAGAGGGUGCCCGUGGUCACUUAGACCGACCGUAGCGGCAGCACACUCGCCAACCCGCGUUACACGCAGUACCUGCGUUUGCAAGGCGUGCACGAAGCGAUGCAAAGGUGGAUGGCAUUCCUGGAGAAGCGUGGCUUUGGGCAGCUGCGUCCGAUCCCCAGGGGCUGGCAGAGAGGAGCACUGCGUCUUUCAGUGAGAGAGUGUACAGUUCUUCUUCCUUCCACAGCAUGUCCGCAUCUCAAGUUCAUUUUUCAACCUAUGCUAUAACAGUGUGUGAUGAAGCCCUGUGCCGCCGCCACACGCUCGAGGACAUUUCCCAUACUGCAGUUAGGACCAUCAGGAAACGCUAGCACUAAGUCGUGUUUGGAGCGCCCUCCGUGGCUUCCCGACCUCCUUCCGGUACCCGCUCUGCCACGUGUGCUGUGGAGUUGACCCUGUUCUGUCCCCGUGCGGUGCCGCCUGCUGACUCCCCCACUGCUCGCUCUGGUGAGAAGUCUGCCUUGCUCGGUGAUCCCUGUACCCUCGCAUGACUGCUACAGCUUUCUGUGCAGAGAUGACUGUCCAAGUGCCACGUGCCUGUGAUUGACAUGAAAACUCUGUCGUGACCUCGGAGUUGUGUUCCACGGAAAAUGCUACCCAGCAGAUCACUUAGGGAAAGGAAUUCUAUUUUUAGCUUUUCAUUUCUCAGCUGUCCUUUUUCUUGGUGUUUGAUUUUUUUUUGGACAGCAGUGGGAGAUUGGGUUCUAUAAAGACUGCCUGCCAGUAUGAACAGCAAUGCACUUGUAAUUCAUGGAAAUAAAUGUACAGCUCUUAACUUCA